GGCAGCAGAGGUUCAGCACAGUAACUGUCUGGCUUCAUUGAAAGACAAUAGCAGAAGCAGCUGAUGCAGCCAGGGAGCUGUCAGAUUGCAUCUGUCUGCACUUCCCCAUGGCUUGUUUCGAUAAGUGUCACUGUUCUGUAGACCACAGGAGGCAUAGCAGUAUCCUAUACAACAUCCUGAAGAAUGAGGAGCACCAGGAUUCACACAAAGGCAGGAAUGAAGAGCACUCAGGAGAGAAUGGUCAAGCUUGUUCCUGUGGCUCUCAGAAGAAAGUCAGUCUUAAGAGCCCCCAGGUCACCUGUAAGGCUGCCUCAGCAGUGCUAGUGAAGACCCUAAGAUUUGUCAAGAGCCUGCCUUGCUUCCAGGAACUACCCUUGGCUGAUCAGCUACUGUUGGUCAGGAGCUGCUGGGCUCCUCUCCUGGUGCUGGGGCUUGCACAGGACAAGGUCGAUUUUGAGACUGUUGAAACAUCAGAGCCCAGUAUGCUGCAAAGGAUAUUAACUAACAGACAAGGAGCAGAGAAGAAACAUCACCAAGAACAUCAGGAGACACUACUUCUUGGACAUAAUCUCCAGCAACAUAAAGGCACACAGCUACCAACAGCCACAGAGAUCAGGUGGAUCAAGGAAUUCUUGGAGAAGUGUUGGAGCCUGGGGAUUAGCAACAAAGAGUAUGCCUAUCUGAAAGGGAUUGUCCUCUUUAAUCCAGAUUUGGCCGGAUUGCACUGUGCUCGCUAUAUCCAAGGAUUACAACAGGAAGCCCACCAAGCCUUAAACGAGCACGUGAAGAUGAUCCAGAGAUGGGAUCACUCCAGAUUCACCAAGUUAAUUAUUGUCCUGUCCUUGCUGAGAUCCAUCAAUGGCAACGCCAUUGCAGAACUGUUCUUCAGACCCAUCAUCGGCUCUGUGAAUAUGGACGACAUGUUAUUGGAGAUGUUGGGUGCAAAAAUAUAACUGCAAACCUGACAAACUUGAAUUAGAAAUGACACAUUAUGAAUAGGAUAGGAAUUGUACAUAAUUCAGGUUUGACGAAGCUGCAGAGUGAACUAGCCUGAUCCCUGAACGUGUCUUCAUUUUGGCUGCUUGGGUAUAUGAAUCAUGUACGUGCACCUCAUUAGAUUUUCUGUACAAUAUCUAGUUUUCAUGGUACAGCAAAGUGCUUGACUCGCUGGCUUUCUGUCUUUCUAGAUACACAGACGUCUACAGAAAAGCAUAUACACAUUAGCGCCAAAUAUUCAUAAAGUACCAUAUCCACAUACUAAGGUGCAAUGCAGUUGUUAUAAACUAUGGCAGAUCAUCAGAAGUGCACUAACAUUGGCAUCACAUUAUCAUUGGAUUUGCCAUAUUUGAUAUACAGUAAUACAUGGUAUGUUUGCUUAGUCUAUAACUGUACAAAUAUAUGAUGUGGAUUUAUUAGACUCUGAAGCCAAAGGUUUUAUAGGUAAGCCAGCUUUAAUUUCCAGCGUAUGUAGUGUGCCAGCACUAAUGAAUGGUAGUCAGUAGACAGUGUACAUACUGUGCCAUAUGUGGUAUGUUAGAGAAGUAAACUCAUAAGGGCUACAUACAUGUCCACUCCUUUGGAUGGAAGUAAUUAGCUUGAUUCCUUUAAAUGGUAAUACUGUUAGAUUAAUGAAGAGUAGCAGACAAGCCAUUUGCACUUAUCAGAAAGGAACAAGCCUAUGUUGAAGAUGUCCUGUCAGCUCUCCUGGCAUCUCCUGGUCUAUUUUAGUAAGUACACUCCCUAUGAAAUAUCAGUUCUGGAGCACCUUUCCUUAGAACUCUGCAUGGCACCAUUCUUUUGUUAUUCCUCCUGAAAAAAUGUUAUUAAAGGGGUUGUGUCAUCAGUAGGAUAUGCCAUCAAAGUCAAAUGGAUGUGUGUCCAACCUCUGAGACCAUCUCCAGAACGGGCCCCCAAAAGUGUGACGUGAUCUCUAUUAAUUUCUACGGAGUUUUGGAAAUAGAUGAGGUAGCACACACGGCUAUUUUUGGAAGUCCUAUAGAAAUGAAUGGAGAGCGCACUGCGCAAGCUCAACAACCACUUCAUUUACUUCUACAACAUGCUGGAGAUAGCAGAGCCAGUGCAAGACAAAUUUCUUCAGUCUCAUAGAAAUGAAUGAAUGGAAGGCGACAAUGCAUACACAGCUGCUCUCCGCUCACUUUAGGGGUCACAGAGAUGGCAUAGCAAUAGGCCACCAAUGUCUAAGAUGAUACC